CACUCACUUCAGCACAUCAGCAUUCAGCAAACAUUGCACCGAUUUUGCUUCUUUCCUGAACAAGAGUAGGGUUUAUUGAAAUCAAUUAAUUCCUCCAUUACCUAAAAUUAAGCAGAAAAAGAUGAGAAAUUUAUCAAAAUCUCUGCAAAUUUCAUCAACUCUACUGCGUUCUUCAGUUACCCACAAACCCCUUUCUUCAUCUUUAACCUCUUUAUCUUCUUCAGAACCCUUAAUUUCCCAGGACCCAAUUUCAGAAUCUUCAUUACCAAAUCAAUCACCAAUUUCUAAUGAUUUUAAUGAGGGAUAUUCCUCAAUACCCAUAUCACAGAAUCAUCAAAAUCCCACAAAUUUCUCUCAUGGCAUAAAUGGUUUAUUGAGCUCAAAGGAUCCACCUUCUGCAAUGGAAUACUUCAAAUGGGCUGAAAAACAACCAGGGUUUGGCGAAGGGGUUGAUUCUUUCUGUUUACUUUUGCACAAUUUCAUGGGUUUGGAGGGUCAGCAAUGUGCAGUGAAAGAAUUGGUUUCAACCCAGAAUUUUCCUGAUGCUAAAACUGUGAUUCGAGGCCUCAAUGAUUGCUCCAACAGGUUUGGUUUUGAUUUGGAUUCGCGAAUUUAUAAUUACUUACUGUGUGGUUUUAUUAAAACUGGUAGAAUUGAGGAUUCAAUUAGUUGUGUCGAAUGGAUGCUUGAAAAUAAAAUUGACUUAUGGGUGUCAUAUUUGAAUGAUCUUAUCUAUGAGUUAGGGAUUCAAAGGAAAAUGAUUAAGGAAGCUAAGGAGUUGUAUGAUAAGGUGUUUUGUAAAGGGAAUGUUGUAAAUGGUGGUACUGUGCGUAUAAUGAUGAAGGCUUGCUUGAAAGAUGGGAACCCGAGUGAGGCGGACCGAUAUUUUAGGUUAGCAAGGGAUAAGGGAGUUGAAUUAGAUCCAGCUGCAUUUAGUUGUGCUAUUGUAGCUGUUAGUCAAAAACCAGAUUCGAAUGCAGCUUGUGAGUUGUUAAUGGAGAUGAAGGAGAAGGGUUGGGUGCCCUCUGAGGGUACCUACACCCAAACUAUCAUCGCGUGUGUGAAGCAAAGGAAUUUGAUGGAAGCUUUGAGAUUGAAAGAUGAAAUGGUUUCUUGUGGGAAACCGAUGAAUUUGGUAGUUGCAACGACCUUGAUGAAGGGGUAUUGUGUAUCGGGUGAUUUGGAGAGUGCUUUAGGUUUGUUUGCAAAAUUAGAUGAGUAUGAACUUUCACCAAAUAACAUCACUUUUUCAGUUUUGAUUGAUGGAUGCUGUAUAAACGGAAAUAUGGAGAAAGCGUCUGAGCUUUAUGACCAAAUGAUUGAAAAGGGUAUUGAACCUAGUGUCUAUAAUGUUAAUUCAAUGAUUAAAGGGUUUCUGAAAGCUCGGUUGUUUGAGAAAGCUUAUGAGAUGUUUAACAAGGCGGCUGAAUCUGGUUUGGUUGAUGAUUCCUCAUUGAACAGUCUCCUAUCAUGUCUCUGUAAAGAUGGCAAUAUGGAUGAAGCUCAGAAGUUUUGGGGUAUGGCGUUACAAUGUGGAAUUGAACCUAAUCUACAAAAUUAUAACAACCUUAUCCUUGGUUAUUGUAGGAAAGGAAAUGUUGCUAUGGCACAUAGCAUGUAUGUUGAGAUGAUUGGUAAGGGUUUGAAUCCCAAUGUUUUCACCUUUACAAUAUUAAUCAACGGGCAUUUCAAGAAAGGUGAGGUAGAUAAAGCUCUUAACCUGUUUGAUGAGAUGUCGGACCAGAGGAUUGAUUGUACAGAUCACACGUACAAUACUAUGAUUGGUGGAUUGUGCAAACACGGGAAAACAUCGCUUGCAAGGAACAUGCUAGAGAAUUUUAUCAAGGAAGCUAAUUUUGUACCAUCUUGCAUGACUUAUAAUUCUAUUGUUGGUGGAUUAAUUAAGGAAGGUGAUUUGGAUUCCGCAUUGUCUGUUUAUAAUGAGAUGGGCGAGAAUGGAGUGUCCCCUGAUAUUUGUACAUACACAAUUUUCAUCGAUGCAUUCCGCAAGAGCAAUAAUUUUGAUCUUGCUUUGAAAAUGCAAAAUGAGAUGAUAAGCAAGGGUCUUGAAUUGGAUAUUACUGCAUACGGCACACUUAUUGAUGGUUGUUGCAAAAGAAGGGAUAUGGAGAGUGCAUGUAAACUUUUCAAUGAACUGUGUAAAUCCGGGCUGUCUCCAAACAUAUACAUUUACAAUAACAUGAUCAGUGGUUACAGAAAUCUAAAUAACAUGGAAGUAGCUCUCUCGUUCCAAAAGAAAAUGACCGAACAAGGGGUUUUGUGUGAUUUGGAAACAUACACAACAUUGAUAGACGGACUUCUGAAGGAAGAUAAACUGAAGUCAGCUUUAGAAUUCUAUGAUGACAUGGUAGAGAAAGGCAUUAGGCCCGAUAAAAUUACUUAUACGGUUUUGGUGAAAGGUUUGUGUAAGAAAGGAAAGCUGGAAAAUGCACGUAACUUCUUCAAAGAGAUGGAAGAAAAGGGGGUGACUCCAAAUUCCCUUAUAUAUAAUGCUUUGGUUGCUGGGUAUUUUAGGGAGGGUAAUUUGCCUGAGGCUUUCAAAUUGUAUGAUGAAAUGCUCGAAAGAGGUCUUACUCCAGAUAAAAUGACUUUUGAUUUCCUCAUGAACGCAAACUUCAAACCCGGUUACCAAUCAUCAAGGACUUCAUCAGAUAUGCCUAUAUUCUGCAAAGAGGCCCUAGCAUGAGCUUGAGACUUUCAGACAGGAAAAAGAAAUUGGAGACUCUAGUGAAGCUUUUAGCAGAGUAGCAGAGUAUGAGAAGGCUAACAACAGAAAUGAUGAAGAUGAAGAUGAGGAUGAAUAUGAAGAGGAUGCCACAAGAAUCUGCACUCCCAUUCGCUUGAUAAAGCGCCGAUAACUGACUAACUGGAGAAUCAGAUGACUAUGGAGCUAUUGAAUGGUUAUCUUCAUUGAGUGAGGUUUCUGCUGCUGGUAAAAGAUGUAUAUGUUUGCCCUGGUAUUUUUCCCAUCAGCUGAAGGUGCUAUUGUGGCUUUAUCUCGAGUAACUCUGUUCCAGAUCAUUGAAUGAAAGUCCACAUUCUACAGGAACAUAAGCGACAAUGCCUUCUCGGCAUUUGAUGGAUUCCGAUUUUGGUAUAUUCACUCAUCUUUUCCAUGGGGUUUCAUUACUCAGUAGAUGGUGUCUUUUUUCACUAUUCAUCUAGUGAUGAAUCCAGGCUUCUGGCUUAUAGUUACUAAAGCUUGGUGAUUUUGGGUUUUUGUUACCAAAAACGACUUUCCGGAAAUUGUAUCUGCUCUUUUCUGGAAAUUGUUCAUGUGUUUACAAUGUAGUAAUGAUAGAAUGUAAUUCCAAAGCUGUGUUUAGUUUAUAUUACUGCUCCACUUCUUGUUUAAUUAGAUGGGCGAGAAUGUGAGAUUAAUAAAUUUUGACGUUUGAACAUUUUAGCACUUGAUCGUGUUAAAAACUCACAGGUCAAGUAUAAUGUUUGAUUAUUGA